AUGGUAGGGCUAGGAAACAGCUGCCGAGGGAUGAAGUCUCCACCUCUCCUUGUGGCUGCGCUCGUGGCGUGCGUCAUUGUUUUGGGUUUCAAUUACUGGAUCGCAAGUUCUCGCAGCGUGGAUCUGCAGGGUCGGAUCAUGGAUCUGGAAGGCAAAGUCCGCAGGGCAGCAGCGGAGAGGGGUGCCGUGGAGCUCAAAAAGAAUGAAUUCCAAGGGGAGCUAGAGAAGCAGCGACAGCAGAUUGACAAAAUCCAGUCCUUGCACAACUUUCAGAUGGAAAAUGCCAACAGAGUACAUCAGGAAGAGAAGGCAGUGCUGAUCAGUAACAUCACAGGAAAUGAACGAUUGAUCCAGAGUCUACGAGAACACUUGAAAGAGUUACAAACAGAAUAUGGAAAGCUACACCUGGAUGUUCACUGGUUUCAGAAGAACCAGACUAACCUUCAGAGGAAGUUCUCAUAUGACCUGUCACAGUGCAUCAACCAGAUGAAAGAAUUAAAAGAACAGUGUGAAGAAAGGAUAGAUGAGCUUACAAAAAAGGGAAGUGAUGUACUACAAAUCAAAGAAAACAAAGACUUCUCAGAAGAUUCAAAAAAAAAUAGCCAGGUUAAUAUUCAACUGCCAGCUGUGAAGCAAACCGAGUUCAAGCAGGCUGACUUGGAAGAGCAGAAACACAAUGAAGAUGUACCUAAAGCAGUACCUACAGUAAAAAAGAUAGACCCGUUGCAGGCUAAAG